CAAUGCUGAUCUAACGAGAACUCAGGAAGUCGUAAUCUCGUUGAGUCUGCGGAGUUGUGUGUCAGUGUACUAGGAAGUCAUAACAAGGAUCUAAAGAUGUUAAAAGCUGUAAUACUAAUAGGAGGCCCUCAGAAAGGGACUCGUUUUCGGCCUCUUUCUUUUGAAGUUCCAAAGCCCUUGUUCCCUGUAGCAGGGGUCCCAAUGCUUCAGCACCACAUAGAAGCAUGUGCAAAGGUACCAAACAUGAAAGAGAUUUUACUGGUGGGGUUCUAUCAGCCGAAUGAGGCGCUCAAUCGGUUCCUUUCUUUUGCACAGCAGGAAUUCAAAAUCCCCAUCAGGUACCUUCAGGAGUAUUCAGCUCUGAGUACUGCAGGUGGUGUUUACCACUUUAGAGAUCAGAUCCUGUCAGGGGGCCCUGAGGCAUUCUUUAUUAUGAAUGCGGAUGUCUGUUCUGAAUUUCCACUUCUAGAGAUGUUAGAGUUCCAGAAGGAACAUGGAAACACUCACGUCAUUCUGGGAACAACAGCUAACAGAAAACAGUCCAUGAACUAUGGCUGUAUUGUUGAAAAUCAAGACACCAAUGAGGUGUUGCACUAUGUGGAGAAGCCUAGUACAUUUGUCAGUGAUAUCAUCAACUGUGGGAUUUACCUGUUCACACCUGAAAUCUUUCAACACAUUGGGCUCGUUUUCCAGAAAAAUCAACAGGAUCUCUUAUUAGAGGAACAGAUGAAUGGCUGGCAGCGAGCAGAAGUUAUUCGCCUGGAACAAGAUAUCUUUACAGCACUGGCAGGAAGGGGAAAGCUUUAUGUGUACAAAACUGAUCGGUUCUGGAGCCAGAUCAAAUCUGCUGGAUCAGCAAUUUAUGCCAGCCGUCUAUAUCUAAACCAGUAUCACAAAACUCACCCUGAAAGGCUGGCCAACAAUGAAGAAGGAAGGCCUACCAUCAGAGGAAAUGUGUAUAUCCAUCCAACUGCCAACAUUGACCCUACUGCUGUGUUGGGUCCUAAUGUUUCCAUUGGCACUGGAGUGACAAUAGGCGCUGGGGUUCGAGUAAGAGAGUCCAUCAUUCUUCAUGGAGCUACGCUGCAGGACCACAGCUGUGUCUUAAAUAGCAUUGUGGGAUGGGACAGCACAAUCGGGAAAUGGGCCAGAGUUGAAGGGACUCCCAGUGAUCCCAAUCCUAAUGACCCUUAUGCCAAAAUAGACAGUGAAACACUAUUCAGAGAUGGAAAGCUUACACCUUCAAUAACUAUUUUGGGCUGUAAUGUGAACAUUCCAUCAGAAGUAAUCAUUCUUAACGCAAUUGUUCUCCCUCACAAAGAUCUCAACCGAGGUUUUAAAAACCAAAUUAUUCUGUAGAAUCUGUUCUGCAUUUUUUGUACAAAUGAUGCAAAAUGUAAAGUUUUUAACCCAUGAAACUUGGGGAGAAAAAAAAAAAUAGGUGAUGAAAUACAGUAUAUACAAAGAACUUUCUAUCUUAACUGAACUUUAUAAAAACCCAGGCUGGUAGAAGAUAUAUGGGACACAGCAUCGCUUAAAAUAUUGUAAUUUGAAGACCAUACACCCUUUUCAGCAUCUUGAUGUCUGAUAAUUUGAAAAGUAUUUAACAUUUUAUCUUCUUGCCAUUAUACCAUUGCUUAUUUUGACUCAUUAGUGAACACUAAAUAUUGUAGUAACAUAAUACAUAACCAUUUUUAUACUUGGUGCAAUUAUUAGGCAAGACCCGUUACAGCCACAUGCCUUUCCGCCAACAGGCUGCAUUCACACUGGGGCUGUUUCGAAUGGACACUGUCUAGUCUGGUUUAUUUAAAACAGUGCAUCAAUAUGCUUGCUGUUCACAUUUUUCUGCAAGCGAAGGGACAGUUUUUUU